AUGAAUUCAGAAAAUUCAUUCACUACAAUUGCACCUCCAAUGUUUGAUGGAACAAAUUAUCCAGUGUGGGCUGUUAGAAUGGAAACCUAUCUUGAUACUAAUGAUCUAUGGGAAGCUGUUGAACAAGUAUAUGAAGUUCCACCUCUGCCAGACAAUCCAACUCUUGCACAAAUCAAAAAUCAAAAAAGGAGGAAGCAAAGAAAAGCAAAAGCAAGAGCAACCUUGUUUGCAGCAGUCUCAUCUAUCAUUUUUAUUAGAAUAAUGACGCUAAAAACAGCCAAGGAAAUUUGGGAUUUUUUGAAGCAAGAAUACAAAGGAAAUGAAAGGAUCAAAGGGAUUCAAGUGCUGAAUUUGAUCCGAGAAUUUGAGAUUCAAAAGAUGAAAGAAUCAGAAACAAUCAAGGAAUAUUUUGACAGAUUUCUUGGCAUUGUCAACAAGGUAAGACUCCUUGGUACUGAUUUUUCUGAUUCUAGAAUUGUUCAAAAGGUCCUAGUCACAAUUCCUAAAAAGUUUGAAGCUACAAUUUCAUUUUUGGAAAACUCAAAAGAUUUGUAA